GAGAAGGAAGAUUCCAUUUUCUCCUCUAUAGUCAUUUUGUCAUCUAUGACAGCAAGUGACAGUCGCAUUAGGAGUUAACGAGUUGAUACGAGGGGCCAUUGUUAGGUGUUUAAUGUAGAAGGAAUGUUCAGGUUUUUGAAACAGAUACCAUUUACUGUGCCAUCCCAAGGAACACCGCCCUCGGGUAGACGACAUGAUGGACGAUGGGAUGAGAAUAAUGUUGGUGGUGGAUCAGAACCGGCUUCACCAACUGGAAAACGACCUUCUGUUGAAAUACCAGGAGCAUAUGCCUUGGGAUCCAUAGAUCCUACAUUAUAUCGGAUAGCCGACGAAGACGAUAUUUAUGAAGUACCUAGGGACCAUAUCGGGCGUGUUUGGUUUGCUGUGGAAUAUGAAAGGGAAACUGAGAAACUAUUAGUAACAUUGAUCAAGGCGAGAAAUCUCCCAAGUCGAUCUUGUGGAAGUGAUAAUGGAUGCGACCCAUUUGUAAGAAUAUAUUUGAUACCAGAUGAACGGCGAUAUUUACAGUCUAAAUUUAGAAAGAAAACCUGUAAUCCAAAGUUUGAAGAAAGUUUUGUUUUUCAGGUUUCAUUAAGAUCAGUAGAAGAUAGAGUCCUCAAGCUGACAGUAUUUGAUGUGGAUCGCCAUAAACGCCAUAAUGUUUUAGGUCAUGCUCUUUAUCCUCUACGAGAUCAUGAUUGUCAAAGUAAUGAACGAGUGGUAGUCUGGAGAGAUUUAGAGAAGGAAGUAGCUGAGACGGCCACAAACAAAGGUGAAUUAUCAGUAUCAACUUCGUAUAAUAAUCAUCUUGAAAGGAUAACCAUCGGAAUUUUUGAAGCCAAAGAUUUUAAACAAUUUGACGGAGCAAACUCUUUAGAUUACUACAUCAAAGUUUGUUUAAUGGUGCAGAAUAAAGUGAUAAAGACUAAGAAAUCAGAAAUUGUCAGAAAAACAACUUGCCCAACUUUUAAUGAAUCAUUUAAUUUCAAAUUACCAGUGAAUAGUUUGGAUACUGCAAGUGUUACUUUGACUGCCAUGCAGCAUCUUACUGGACAUAAAGAUAAAGUGGUUGGUCGGAUAACUCUGGGAUCAUUUAUGUUUGCCAGAGGUAAAGAAUUGGAACAUUGGAAUGAAAUGAUUGCAAACCAAAAGGAACAAAUCACUCAUUGGCAUGUGUUAACGUGAUGACAAUUAUUACUUAUAUCAAACUUGGAUAGCAUUAAUUUUAGACCUUAAUGGACUAAGAGAAACCAGACAUUGGUUAUUAUAAACGUUCAAUAUCAUGUACAAAUCUGGACAAAAUUCCGUGCCUCUUAAGUUAUUGUGUUAUUUUGGAUUUUUGAGAAUUUCAAUGUAAAUAUGUAAAAUAAUCAUAGAUGUGUGGCUUUAUUGUGUUAAUUUAAUGUUGUAAAAAGUGAUACCUUAUAAUCUGACAUAAUAACAUACACAAUAAAGUAAAAUAGAGUUUUAAAAUUC